UCACAGAUCUUCACACGUUCUGCGUGCUGACCGGGAAAACAUAUAUACAGUCUCCUACGUCUUCUAUAGUCUGGGAAUCUUCAUCUUCAUCUUCUACUGCAAUCAACACCGGAGUCGCCAGCUCCCUUACUCUUCAAAUCAUACACCUGCUCAGCUGAAUCGAUUUUAGCAGCUGCGUUGCAUCCUUAUAUUCGGCAAUCACGGCGUACAUGGUCGAAGAGCAGAACAUCUACGCUCAACACGACAACAAGGGUAUGACCUGCGACCCCAGAUGUCGACCAAAAGUUCACUAUAAGACAGUAGAUGAACAAUCUCACCUGUGUUCAACGACUGUAGGAAAGUCCUCAAGUUCUUACACGCCUUCCAAUUACGACCUGCAGAUGCCCAUCUUGAAGCAUACUGCGAACAUUCAGCACGUGCCUACACGCGCAUUGGCAUUUCAAGCUUCGCCAAAACAGGCAAGACCGACAAGCACCGAACAGCACUGGAUAUCUCCUGAUCACUAUUUCAGACCCAUUCCACACGUUCCUGAAGGCGUUGACCCCUCUCCUUUCCCCAAUCUGCUCUUGCAGAAUCUUGCUGGCGAGCAAAUUUCUCGCCCAGACACACGAACGCCAUCGGCAUCAAAUUUGCAUCUUGGUUUCGAUGAUCGAAAAUAUAAUCAUGGAUUUGAAAUUGGCUCACGAACACAUCGGGGACUAUUGGCAUAUGGGCAAGUACGAAGUUCGGCACCCCAUGAAAGCCCUCCUGGUCAGCCUCAAAGUCGGUGGUCACAAGCUCGUAAUUAUCGGGUUAAGGUGUACGAACCACCCUAUCUCGACCCGCACACGGAUGACAGCAUCGCCCACGUUGAGACCAACGCCGAAUUAUGGGUCGAACAGCUCAUGCUCUCAAUGACUAACAUCAAAGAUGUGAAAGACCCCGCAAACUCGCACCACUGUCGUCUCUUCUCAUCUGAAAGCAUCGAUCCGCUCCUCAUAGAAGCCUGCAGCCGCGAGAUCUUCACUGCGCUGAUGGACCGCUGCAAGAAUGGCUUUCGCGGCCCUCCAGCUUUUAAUAAGGCGCUCAACGCAAAUCAUCGGCUUGAGCCCGAUCGGACAGCAACGUGUGAGGAGCGCAUACGGAACGUGGUUCAAGUACUGUCGUGGAACAAACGCGCCUGCAAGGAUGUGCUAUACGAGGAUUGGAAAAUCAAGCUACUUGUGAAUCAUCCUCUGUCUUAUGACAAGGAGAAAGAUUCGCAGAAAGGGUCCAAUGAUCAACGAAGGAAGAGACAACUCGCUGCACAAGAGAAGAUGGAGAAGACGGAAGAGGAACUCAGGGCCUACAGAGAGGCUCACCGGGAAGGUACCGGGGACAGUACGAGUUCUGCGCAGUACAAUGAUGGUUAUUUUGCGUGGGAUAAGACCGGACCACAGUGGCUUCUCCAUGAGGCUGAUCGCAGCCUCAGGCCUGAAGAGUUCAGUAGUACCACGUGCAAACGUCCGUAUGAAGAAACUGGCGGUGACGAUAUAAAGCGACAGCGCGUGUGAUUGCGAGGCAUUAUCUUGAAAAGUAUGCCAAUUGACCGGCUAGAAGUUUGACGGAUAUAGACCUAUCGUAGCCGUGCACUUUCGAUUUGCAGCUGGUCGCAUUGGUUUGCACUUCGAAUUCUCUUGUGUUCCACUGCUACUACCCUUCGACCUUACCAUAUUUACCGCGCUUUGGCCUCAAUCGUCUGCAAGGC